GAAGAGGAGAAACGAGGGGUUCUGUCACUUUCGUGGAAAAAAUCGAACCUGCAAAAAUGGCGUCGAACUUUUGUGUGAAAUUCCUUUUGCCCGCAGCACGACGCAGCGUGACCUACACACCCGUUCGCUUCUGCAAGAUGAUGAGUGAUCCUUUGGAGCACGCCACCGGUCUGGAGAAGCGUGAGUUGCUGGCGAAGGCGGCGGGCAACGAGAAUCCCUUCGACAUGAGGGUGAUCAAGAGAAACGCCGGCACCAAGGAUCAGCCCAACUUGAUCCCGUCGGCCUUUGACGCCCGUCUCGUAGGAUGCAUAUGCGAAGAGGAUCAGACAUUCGUGCAGUGGAUGUGGGUCUAUCAGGGAGAACCAAAGCGUUGUGAGUGUGGCCACUGGUUUAAAUUAGUUGAGAAGGCUCCCGUCUAAUCCAGCUUGUAUUGCAAGAUUUUCAUCAGAAAGAGAGAGAGAAAAUUAGUCACUGUCAAAUAACUGAGAGAAGAGUAUGUUAAUGAAAAUGCCGAUAAAUUGAUUCUAGAUUAUAUUUUACUCUCUGUCGA